AUGGCGGGGCAACUAUUUGCGACACCUUGUCGGAGAAAAGACUAUGGCGGGGCGACUAUUUGCGACACCUUGCCGCGGGACAGAGGAUGGAAGGUGAAGUCAAAGGCACGGGGUGGCAACUAUUUGCGACACCUUGUCGGAGAAAAGACUAUGGCGGGGCAACUAUUUGCGACACCUUGUCGGAGAAAAGACUAUGGCGGGGCAACUAUUUGCAACACCUUGUCGGAGAAAAGACUAUGGCGGGGCGACUAUUUGCGACACCUUGCCGCGGGACAGAGGAUGGAAGGUGAAGUCAAAGGCACGGAGUGGCAACUAUUUGCGACACCUUGUCGGAGAAAAGACUAUAGCGGUGCAACUAUUUGCAACACCUUGUCGGAGAAAAGACUAUGGCGGGGCAACUAUUUGCGACACCUUGUCGGAGAAAAGACUAUGGCGGGGCAACUAUUUGCGACACCUUGUCGGAGGAAAGACUAUAGCGGUGCAACUAUUUGCAACACCUUGUCGGAGGAAAGACUAUGGCGGUGCAACUAUUUGCAACACCUUGUCGGGCGACUAUUUGCAACACCUUGCCGCGGGAAAGACUAUGGCGGGGCGACUAUCUGCAAGACUUUGUCGGAGAAAAGACUAUGGCGGGGCAACUAUUUGCAACACCUUGUCGGAGGAAAGACUAUGGCGGGGCAACUAUUUGCAACACCUUGUCGGAGAAAAGACUAUGGCGGGGCGACUAUUUGCGACACCUUGUCGGAGGAAAGACUAUGGCGGGGCAACCAUUUGCGACACCUUGCCGCGGGAAAGACUAUGGCGGGGCGAAUAAACCUUGUCGGAGAAAGACUAUGCGGGGCAACUAUUUGCGACACCUUGUCGGAGAAAAGACUAUGGCGGGGCAACUAUUUGCGACACCUUGUCGGAGGAAAGACUAUGGCGGGGCAACUAUUUGCAACACCUUGUCGGAGAAAAGACUAUAGCGGUGCAACUAUUUGCGACACCUUGCCGCGAGUAGGCGCAAAAGACUAUGGCGGGGCAACUAUUUGCAACACCUUGUCGGAGAAAAGACUAUGGCGGGGCAACUAUUUGCGACACCUUGUCGGAGAAAAGACUAUGGCGGGGCAACUAUUUGCGACACCUUGUCGGAGAAAAGACUAUGGCGGGGCGACUAUUUGCGACACCUUGCCGCGGGAAAGACUAUGGCGGGGCGACUAUUUGCGACACCUUGUCGGAGAAAAGACUAUGGCGGGGCGACUAUUUGCAAACCUUGUCGGAGAAAAGACUAUAGCGGUGCAACUAUUUGCAACACCUUGUCGGAGGAAAGACUAUGGCGGUGCAACUAUUUGCAACACCUUGUCGGAGGAAAGACUAUGGCGGUGCAACUAUUUGCAACACCUUGUCGGAGAAAAAAACUAUGGCGGGGCGACUAUUUGCGACACCUUGCCGCGGGACAGAGGAUGGAAGGUGACUAUUUGCAAACCUUGUCGGGAAAGACUAUUGGCGGGGCAACAUUGA